AUGGGGGCGCUUUUCACGGGCACCGUCAUCUUCCUCGUUCUCGGCCUCCUGGCAUACUUCGUCGUUUCAGCAAUUUACCGCAAUGACAAGGAUGCUCAAGGUCUUGGUCAACUCAGCGUUGUGCUCGCCACUGUCUGCAUGUACAUCAUGUGGGCGACAUGCUUCCUGCACCAACUGCAUCCGCUGGUAAGACCUAUCAAAGAGGGCGCGCACUAA